GCAAGCCACUCUAAACUUGUAUUUUCUGAACAUAUACAUUUUCAUAAAACCCUUUGCUCUUCUAUUUCAUAUGGUACGAUCAAACAGUAUUCAAUCAGACACAAGUUGGGGUUCUGAGUGAAUAUGAGCACUUGCUUUACUUUAGGUAAAAUGAGAUCCCGCCAUUAAAAAAGCAUCAGUGAACCAAUUAAAGCUCCUUAUAGAUUGAAUUUCUUUGCAAGCACAAUUGUCAAGAAAUGUUUUGACUAUGAAAAUGGAAUCGUGUUUGACACAUUUUUGUUACUUCCCUUUUUCAUUUUUAGUUUUUACAAAUGUCUGUACUAUUUUCUGCAUGGUUCACAUUAACAAACAGGUGUACAGAAACUAAAGAGGGAAUGCUGGUUAAUCAUUAACAUAACUUAACAAAGAUUUCUACUUAGAGAGUGAAAGUAUGUACUUCCAGUUACAGCUGUGGAGAUAUGUCAUAUAACAGGCAGGGCAGGCGUACCAGGGCCCUCCUCUCUUUACCUCUCAAAUAAGGAAGUUCAGAGCCUAGCUAGUAGCAGUUUCCUUUUGCAGCUUUCAGGGGCAGAGGAUGAACAUUUGAAAGAUAGACAUUUGAAGUACGCACCAUUAAAAGAUGGAAAUAGCCAGAAAGAAAAACUGAGUCUACUUCGGUUUGCAAGACUACUGUUUGAGAGCAGAUGCAAAACUCUUGAGCUCCGGCUCUCCGCUGAGAAACAGGAUGCAGACCUAUCAACCCUGGUGCCAUGGUACAAUAAGUAGAUCCAAAGCUGAGGAUCUACUUUCCAAAGCAGCAAGAGAUGGAAGUUUCCUUAUCCGGGCUAGUGAGUCCGUACAGGGAGCGUAUGCCCUCUGUGUUCUAUACCAGAACUGUGUGUACACAUACAGAAUCCUGCCAAAUGAGGACAAGCAGCUCUCUGUCCAGGCAUCUGAAGGAGUUCCUAUCAGGUUCUUCUCUUUCUUAACUGAGCUGGUGGAGGCAUAUUACAGUCCCAACAUGGGUCUGGUCACUCAUCUGCAGUACCCUGUCCAUAGGGAGGAGGAGGUAGACGAGGAGCCAGAAUCCCAGAUUCUUCCACCGCAGCUUCCACCCAGGAACUUCGCUGGCAACGAAGUGAGAGAAAGUGACUCCAAUUCCUUAUCAGAAACCUACCUGAUGAGACUGCAGCAUAUGGACUUGUCCACAAUACCAGAGGAGCAUCAACUGGCUAUCCAAGAAUACUUCCGGACCUCAGUCAGUCUGGAUGCGGAACAAGUUCAGAAUGGUUUCCCUAGCCUCCCUGGGCUAAAUAAGCUGACAAUGGCAAUCUGCAAGAAUCUAAACAGUGAAAUAUCCCGCAUCCUGCCAGUUUUGGAGGUCUUCCAUAGAACGAUGGACCAACAGCUUUCCCCGGGGAUCGGACUCAAACAAAUCUCCGGUGAUUUAGGUCAAUCGGUAACCUUUAGGCUUGAGCAACUGACUAAACUGCUCUACUCAAUAGAAGAUAAGGCUAAAAGCUCUAUGUUUGAAUCGGUUGGGUAUGAAGGGGGGCACAGGAAAUCUCUCAUACCGCUUGUUACGUUUGAGGUCAAGCAAGAAUCUCUGGGUAUUUCCAUGAAGAUGUUCCUGAAAGUAGAUGUUGAAAGCGGGAAGCUCUACUUAAAGAAGUCAAAAGAUGGGCCUGAAGACAAGUUUUUUGUGCACAACAAAAUCCUGCAGUUGGUGAAAUCUCAGAAAAUGCACGCCAAACUUGUGAUCGUGGCGGAGACGGAGAAAGAGAAGAUUUUGCGUAAAGAGUUUGUUUUUGAUGACACAAAGAAAAGGGAAGGAUUUUGCCAACUUCUUCAACAGAUGAAGAACAAGCACUCUGAAAAGCUUGAACCAGACAUGAUCACAGUGUUUGUUGGCACCUGGAACAUGGGAAAUGCUGGUCCUCCCCACAACAUCGACUCCUGGUUUCAGUGCAAGGGUCAAGGGAAGACACGAGACGACACUGCAGACCACAUCCCGCAUGAUUUCUACGUCAUCGGAUCACAGGAGGAUCCUUUGGGCGAGAGGGAGUGGGCAGACACAGUGAAAGGUGUCCUGAGGAAAAUCACAAACAUCAGUUUUAAACAAGUGGCGAUCCACACUCUGUGGAACAUUCGGAUUGUGGUCCUGGCCAAGCCUGAGCAUGAAAACAGGAUCUCCCACAUUUUCUCAGACAGUGUGAAGACGGGGAUCGCCAACACUCUGGGAAACAAGGGAGCGGUGGGAGUUUCCUUCAUGUUCAACGGUACAUCCUUUGGCUUUGUCAACAGUCACCUGACCUCUGGAAGUGAGAAGAAGCUCAGACGCAAUCAAAACUACACCAACAUCCUGCGGUUUCUGAAUCUGGGGGAUAAGAAGCUCAAUCCGUUUGACAUCACACACCGCUUCACACACCUCUUCUGGCUCGGGGAUUUGAACUACCGCGUUGAGUUCCCGUCCACAGAAGCUGAAAACAUUGUGACAAAGAUCAGACAGCAGCAGUACCAGGACCUGCUCGGUAGAGACCAGCUCAACACGGAGAGGAAUGAUGGAAAGGUCUUCUUGCAUUUCGAUGAGGACGAAAUUACGUUUCCACCAACUUAUCGCUUUGAAAGAGACACGCGAGAGAAGUACGCCUACACAAAGGCCAAAGCCACAGGGACAAAAUACAACUUGCCCUCAUGGUGUGAUCGUGUCCUCUGGAAGUCAUACCCCCUGGUUCAUGUUGUCUGCCAAGCAUAUGGUUGCACUAAUGACAUCAUGACCAGUGACCACUCCCCAUUAUUUGCCUCAUUCGAGGUCGGUGUAGCCUCACAGUUCGUCUCCAAGCAAGACUUGAACUGUGCACCUCAAGGUGGGAUACAGAUCAGGAACUGUAUUGCCACACUGAUGACCAAAUCAAAGACCAAGUUCUUCAUCGAAUACCAUUCCAGCUGCUUGGAGAAAAAAGUCAAGACUAUAGAAGGAGAGAACUCGGAGCAGUCGGAUGGGUCAAUAAAAGUUUCCUUCAGAAACCAAGUUGAGCUCACCCCUAUCAUCUCUGACCCAGAGUACCUGCUGGAACAGCACAUCCUCAUCUGCGUGAAGUCCACAGACUGCGACGAGUCCUACGGUGAGGGCUGUGUUGCCCUGCGAGCUGCUCAGUUCUCCUACAGAGAGUUUCAGGUCACACUGACUCACCACGGAGAGAAAACCGGCUUUCUGACAGGCGGCAUCCAGUUACCCACCUCGGAGUGCAAGCCCACUGAGAAGUUAUACGAUUUCAUCAAAAUCGAAAACACUGAUGACACCGUGUCCUCAAAAGGCAAAGGCGUUGACGCAAACAAGUUUUCCGUCACCCAAUCACAUGAUAUUUCUAACCCCAAUUACAUGGGCAUUUCCUUCAGAAGUGGCAAUGUGGUAGAUAAAGGUUGGAGUUACAGCCUGCCACCGAAAAGUCUUCCAAUCUCUGGGCAAGGGAGCAAAGACACCAAGAAGGGGGGCUAUGAUGUGGGCUCACGCAGCCCCACAGGAAAACAUUGUAAUCCCAUGGUUGAGGAGGAAAAGGUGUCAGAGAUGUUUGACAAUCCGUUAUACGGUUUGAUGGGAAAAUCACGGGGCAAGGACCAAGACCACCAGCAGAAGGACCUCCUUAUACCUCCAGAUCCCAACUUUACAACCUCCAAUGCAGCAGAUGGAGACCCUGAUCGGCCACCGAUGCCCACCCCACGCAACCGCUCCUUCACCUGCUCUGAGACUAAACCCCAGCCUCCCACCCCCCUCUCCUCGCAUCCCUCCAUGUUCAAGAAACGAGUGGCGCCAUCACGCUCAGAAGGGGGGAUGGCACAGAGCCGGCCUCCUCUGCCUUCCAAGUCCCGACUGGGCAUGCCGGAGCCCCAGAACCCCAGAGACUACAGGGACAGCUCUGAACUCCCCAGCAAAAACCGACUGCCUGCGAAACCUGGCCAACCGCAGCCUCACAAAGACUAAACUGUCUCCCAUAGUGCACCCUGAAGUCGCCAAGAUGGGCCGUUCUGUGAAGUGAGACCGGGCCACAGCUUCCUGCUCUGCAUUAUGUGGAAGAUUAAGUACACAGAGUAAAAGCCUCGGCCGGGCCUUCACCCUGCUAUAUGUAUCACAUAUGAGGGACUAUUCUUCAGUAACAAAGGAAGAUUUCUACAUUUUGUUUGUUGUGCCUUUUCACUUUCUUACUAAAAGAGCAAUACGACUUGAAUGUCAGUAUGCUAAAUAUGAUGCUAUAGCAAGUUAGCCUAACGUAGCAUGUGAUGAUCUUGUAGUCUAAUAAAAAGUACAGAGCAACACAUUUUUCACACUUCAUUUCUGCUAAGCUUUCAUUAGAAUAAAAACGUUCUGAAAUAAAUUGCUUAUAAACAA